AUGGAUGAUCAUGGGGGCAACGAUUCAGCCAGUCUGGCCGGUCUGGCCAGUCUGGGCCGUCCAGGUGGAGACUCGAGGGAUGAUCAGGGGCGGGGCGAUCCCACCACGACCGACCACGGAAGACCGAGUUCUUGUCGACUUUGGGGUCCGUCACCCAGAAUAGACCAUGACCGUGAGGUAGAGAGCAGUGGUACGGGAUGGGUCAUGACAGCACGAACAAUCUACCACUCUCUGUGUGGGCAUGGACAUAUGGACAUAUGGACCGGGGUCACUGGUCACUGGUCACUGACUCACAGGUGUGGUCUGCACGAGUAG